AUGUUCCGCAAGAGACCUAAAAUAAGGCCUGGGAAUAAGACGAAAGCAGCAGAAAGUGCCGAUGAUGUGGCCACCUUGAAAAGUCAGCGACGGAACAAAACCACCAUUGAGAAUUACGAAGAUGAUGAAGAGCUGGAUGAGCGUUUAGAUCUAAAGCCGCGUGAAAGAAACAAGAGAACAUUUAGGGUACUUGAUACGGUCGAAAUGCCUGUAAUUCCUGCGGAAGUGACCAAAAAACACGAUAUUCCUUUCUCUACUGUAAGAAAACCCCAGAUAAUGAACCUGGAAAACAUGAGCGACGAAGAAGACACUCACAAAAAUUCGGAAACUGUUGGUGCCGGCUGGGAAGCCAUACCUUCGGCGGCGGAAAUUGAACUUAUAAGAAGAAAGCGAGCUAUUUUACAGCAGAAAACGGAUUCUACAGGAACGGGCUUUUACGCUUCGGGUGGGAAAAUACCGUUGGAACACAGGGAGUCAGAAUAUGUUAAGCUUCUGAAUCGUGACGAUAAACAAGAUCUUCUAGAGGUAAUAGGCGAUGGUCGAAAAGUCGAAACCGAUAAUCAGAGCGCAGUUCCCAAUGAGUUUCUACCGAGUGCGUACGAAGAUGGGAGAUUGGCUCUUGGUGAGAGCGAAUUAAAGAGAGAUGAAGUCGAUCGGAAACGUGCGAUUUUGAGUGCAAUGAGCGAAGCUCAAGAUGAGCAGUGGGAAACGCAGCAAAUUAACAAGACCGAGAAUAAAUCCACGAUGUGCACGCUUCCUGUGCUUCAACAGGACGACGUAAAACUCGAAAAUGUAAUUUCAGACCUACAAACACUACUUUUACAGGCUCGAAACAAGAAAGAGGUCCUCAUCGCUCAGAAAGUCCCGUUAGAAGCUGAAAUUCACGAGUUACUCCAACAGCAACAGAAUUUAAUAUCGAGGCUUACAGAUUUUGCCUCUGAAUGA